AUGGAGCCCCAGUCCCGAGCUUCAUCGAUACUGGUCACCGAGUACGAGAGGAAGCUCUUGCUGUGGCUGACGUGGGUGAACUUCUUCUACAUCCCGAUCAGUGUCUGGUAUUGGUACGGCCAGUUCACUCACCUGUCCUCGAAGCCACCGGUGCCACUGAUGCCUGAGUACCAGUACAUGAACGGCCGCAAACGCGACUUCUCCCACGUGGGCGGCCGCUGGAACGACUGCAAGGAGUGCCGCUGGCUGGAGAUGGAGUGCAAGAAGAUGUGCUUCGAUCGUCUCCGCGAGGAGGGCCGCGAGGUGUGGGGACUGCGCCGGCCCCGUACGCAGACCAUCGGCUUCCACUGA